AUGAUAACAAAAAAUAAAACCAAUAAUAAUAGUUUAAGACCAUAUAAAAAACAUAAAAGUACUUAUAGUUUAGACUUUGAUUAUAAUAAUACAUCAUCGAAUACACCGAGCUUGGUUUUUACAUCGAAUAAAGAUGAUAAGAAAGUUGAAGAUGCAUUCUGGAAAUUUUUAGAUUUUUAA